AGCUCAACCAAUAACAAGAUUAGCAAAAACAUCAAAAUUAUUUUGGUUUUUUCUCUAAAUCAAGAACUUCAGCUCCCUCAAGAACUUCUUGAGUAAAGGUCCCGGCAGCUGUAGUUUCAACAACCAAAAUUAAUUUGGUUUUUUCUCUAAAUCUUUCACCAACAUCAAAAUUUAUUAAUCUGGUGUACUUUAUUUUUCUAAUAUAAAAUUAAAUUCUCUUUAUUUAAGAUGCAGUAUUUUAUAACACUACACAGAUUCAAAGUCAAGAAUAUGAAAGAAACGUCUCAAAUUUGGAUAAGGCUGAUAGGACAGAGUGACAGAUGCUAACGCAGGAGAUGAUAUCAGAUUAGAUCGACCAAACUAUAAAUAUUUUACUUUAGACAGAGAGCAUCAGGGGAAAAAAAACAGAGAGUGAGAGUGAUAAUGAGCACUGGAGCCGGAAAGAUCGUGUGCGUGACUGGAGCCUCGGGUUAUAUAGCUUCAUGGAUAGUCAAGCUCCUCCUCUCACGUGGUUACACUGUCAAGGCCUCUGUUCGUGACCCAAAUGAUCCCAAAAAGACACAACACUUGCGUGCACUCAGUGGAGCUCAGGAGAGACUUGAGCUGGUCAAAGCAAAUUUAUUGGAAGAAGGUUCCUUUGAUUCUAUUGUUGAAGGGUGUGAAGGUGUUUUCCACACUGCAUCUCCUUUUUAUCAUGAUGUCAAGGACCCACAGGCAGAGUUGCUUGAUCCUGCAGUGAAAGGGACACUCAAUGUCCUUGGCUCAUGUGCAAAACACCCAUCAAUCAAACGAGUUGUUUUAACAUCCUCUAUGGCUGCAGUUGCUUACAAUAGGAAACCUCGGACUCCAGAUGUAGUAGUGGAUGAAACUUGGUUUUCGGAUCCGGAACUGUGUAGAGAAUCUAAGCUUUGGUACUUGCUUUCAAAGACAUUGGCUGAGGAUGCAGCAUGGAAAUUUGCAAAAGAAAAGGGUAUGGACAUGGUUGCAAUAAAUCCAUCAAUGGUUAUUGGUCCUCUCUUGCAGCCAACACUUAAUACAAGUUCUGCAGCAAUUUUAAGCCUAAUAAAAGGAGCACAAACUUUCUCCAAUGCAUCUUUUGGAUGGAUAAAUGUUAAAGAUGUUGCCAAUGCACACAUACAAGCAUUUGAGCUGUCAUCAGCUAGUGGGAGAUAUUGUUUGGUUGAGAGAGUGGCACACCACUCAGAAGUAGUGAAGAUUCUGCGAGAGCUUUAUCCUGAUCUCCAACUCCCGGAAAAGUGCGCCGAUGAUGAGCCAUAUGUGCCAAUCUAUCAGGUUUCCAAGGAAAAAGCCAAAAGCUUGGGUAUUGAAUUCAUUCCUUUGGAAGCUAGCAUCAAGGAAACCGUGGAAAGCUUGAAGGAGAAAGGAUUCGUCAGUUUUUGAGCAUUUCCUGCAUGCAAGAGUUUUCUGACGUUAAAUAAAUAAACGGUGGACGGUAUAUAUCCCCUUCCCAGGAAUUAGAACUCGAUGGUGAUUUUGCUUUCCAUAUGAUUAAGUGUGUUUGGCAUUAGGGUUGCUUUUAUGGUUGUGGUUUUAAAAAAGCAGUUUAAUAAAAGGUUGUAAGGUUUAUUUUAAAAAAUAAGAUAUUUGGUUAAAAUUAUGGUUGAAAAAAAAAAUAGUUUUUUGUGUUUAGUUAAUAUGUUUUUUGUUUGAGGUUUGUAUAUAUAUAUAAUUGUGAAACAUAGGUGUUUUGUAAUUAUGAUUAUAUAAUGAAAUGAAAAAUCCUUAUACAUUAAUUUA